AAGGCGGAGCGAAAGCAGCCGAUCGGUAGCCUCGGGGUCUUCGCCUUUUCAAGCCCUUCGGCCGGAAGAUAUCCAACUAUCAAACCAGAUAAGAGAAAGAGGAAGUGGGCGAGGCGGGCAUGCGGAUUUUGAUUCAGUCGCCUCGAAUUGCUGCAUAAAUGCGUUGCUUUGCAUCUCGGCUCUCCUUCCAAUGGCGUGGUGAUUUGGGCACAGGAUUGUAGCUAAAAUGGUGGUGUUAUAGAAGCCUCUUGAUGAUACAGUAUUUAUGUGGUGCUGGAUAUCAGUGAAAUUGAAACCUAUGGAAUAUGGGCAAUGUGGCAGUACCUUAUGUGGGUAAGAAACAGAUGAGGGGAUCAUGUGGCCUCAUUGCUCCAAAACCCAUAUUUUGUGCUUCCUUCUGGUACUGUUAGCUAUCUUGGCAUUAGCCCACAACUUUUAUCAACUAGAGAAUCUCAAUACCACAGGUUUAAAGUGGUUGGUAGAAGACAAUGAAUCCUCGUUGCAUACAACUAGAACACGCAGAAAGCUGUACUGUGGUUAUGAGCAACAAGUUUUGUCCAACAUUGAACAAGAGGAAGAAGAAUCUUUAUUUGCUGCUCUACAGUGGGCCAAACCUCCUGAGAACAAAGUCCCCUUUGUAAGGAGUACUGAUCCUUCCCAUAGCAGUUUUAUUAUACUAAAUAAUCAUACAAAUUUCAAAGUUGGUGAUCAGCUGGAAGUGAUUGUCCAUAUGAGGGAUUAUGAAGGAAACCCAAAGCGAUAUGGUGGCGAUUACCUUCAGUCAAGAAUUCAUUCUGCAGAUCUGAAAGCAGGAGCCAUUGGAAGAACUGUAGAUUAUCAGAAUGGAUCAUACAGAAUUUUUUUCACUUUACUUUGGCCAGGGGCUGUCACAGUAUCUGUGUCCUUGGUUCAUCCUAGUGAAGGAAUCCAACUCCUUCAACGUUUACAAGAAGAAAAACCAGACAGGGCCUAUUUUAAAAGCUUAUUCAAAUCAGGAAGGAUUUCAGAAGUUACUAUAUGCAAUGUGUGUUUGCCUGGAGACAUGCCAGUUUGUAACUUUACAGAUAGCUAUACAGGAGAACCGUGGUUUUGUUACAAGCCAAGAAGACUCUCCUGUGCUACUAGGAUCAACCAUUUUAAAGGGGGAUAUAAAAAGGGCCUUUUAACUUCAGAAGAGAGUAACUUUUUCCAAAGUGGUGUGAAUAUAAAAAUGCCAAUACCUUCCAUCGGGCCUGAUACUGUGAUUGUAAGACGCUUGGGGCAUACAGAAAUGGACAGUCCAGAAAGAUCUCAUAGCUCUGAUGUAUUUCCUUCUGGUUAUUAUUAUCAAGAUGAAUGGCAACAAAGGAAGCAGUUGGUUCGGCAUUUUAAUAAGUCAUCAGAGAUUACUGAAUGUUUACAGGGAAAACUUAUUUACUUGUUUGGAGACUCUACAAUCAGACAGUGGUUUGAAUAUCUGACAGAAUUUGUUCCAGAUCUUGUGGAAUUAAACCUUGGAAGUCCUAAGAAAGUUGGUCCUCUCAUGGCUGUGGAUUUAAAGCAUAACAUCUUACUAAAUUUUCGUUGCCAUGGCCCUCCCAUUCGUUUUUUUACAGUUUUUAGUAGUGAGCUGCAUUAUAUUGCCAAUGAAGUGAAUCGUAUUGUUGGUGGGAAGAAUACUGUGAUAGCCAUAACUAUUUGGUCUCACCUUAGCACUUUUCCUAUAGAAGUGUACAUCAGGAGACUGAGAAAUAUUCGCAGGGCAGUUGUUCGGCUACUGGACCGAAGCCCAAACACUUAUAUAGUUAUCAAAACUGCCAAUGUUCAAGAACUUGAUCCAGAAGUUAGCCUUUUCAACAGUGACUGGUAUUCUUACCAGCUUGACACGAUAAUGAGGAACAUGUUCUCAGGAAUUGGGGUGUACUUUGUGGAUGCUUGGGAGAUGUCACUGGCUCACUAUUUGCCACACAAAUUACAUCCACAAGAUGCUAUUGUCAAAAAUCAGUUAGAUGUUUUCUUGUCUUUUAUAUGCCCAAUGGAAACACAUUAUAGUUUCUUAGCUGAUAUGCAUAGUCGAAUGUGGUCUCUAUUUGUAUAAUUCAGCAUUCUGCACUAGUAAAUGAAGCAUUGCUGAUUUAUUGUCAUAAUUUACAUGACAUCUAGCCAACUUGCACAAAAGCAUGCACAUUGAUAUUUAUUGGUGGCAGGGAGAUUUCUGUAUGUGCAUUAUGUUUCCACGCACACAGACACACACACCUACGUUUUUAUAAUGCAUGUAUUGGUGUAUUCAGGUUCUACACCUCACUUGUAUGAAGUAUUUUUUUAACUAGGGCUAAGCACACUUCAGAUAUUAUCAAGAAAAAGUGUUUUGGAACUUAGAUGAACACAGCCUCUUUCAUGUUCAUUAAAACAGCAAUGUCUGCCAUGCCUGAAAAAAUACAGCAGUGUUAAUCACUUCCAAAAUAGAAGGGAAUAUUCUUCUGCUCUUCCUAUUGGCCUCAGCUUCUUGUCCGAUUACUACUAAAGAGUUAGAGCUAGAACAAGAUCAAAAAAUAAUAGGCAAGUUUUUGGAAGAAUUUUGGUAAAGACAGAUGCAAUUAAGGCAGACAUUAAAGUUAUUUUUCAUCGUUUUAACUGAAUAGUCCCUAUGCAAGACAAUCACUAAGGGAGAACCACGUGUAUUACCAUCACAAUAAAUAAUUAUGAGAAGUGAUAGUGGCAUCAAAAGAUUAAACACUGCAUUCCUUUGUCCAAUACUUUUACCUUUGAAGGUACCUUUAAUCCUUGACUUAGGAUGUUACGUGCUUUUUUCUUGGACGGUGAGAACUAUUCACCAUUGUUUUUGUGUAAGAUUUCAUAAGUAGGAAUUUUAUCAGCCAAAAAGGAACAAUCAUACAGUAUUUGAUCCAUGCUAUGUUGUAUUGCUCUUGAUCCUAUUUUCAUGCCAAAAAGUAAGUAACCUCUCCAAAGUCUAGGAAUUAAUUUCUGUUCUGUCCACAAAAGUAUCUAAAUAAAAAGAAAUGGCAAAGAAUUAAAUAUUCCUUAUCUUAAAUACUCUAAAGAUCCCAGAUAUCCAAUUCAUAAUUGUUUAUUUUCAAGUCAGAGAAGUACUAAAAUGAUCCUCAUGAAUCAGACUAAAGCUUGCAUAUUGCAAUCUUACAGGUCGUCCUCAACUUACAACCAUUCAUUUAAUGACUCUGAAGUUAUAACAGCACUGAAAAAGUUACUUAUCAUUUUUCCCAUUUAUGACUGUUGCAGCAUCCCCAUGGUUAUACAAUCAAAAUUCAGACACUUGGCAACUGGCUCAAAUGUAUGACAUUUUCAAUGUCCUAGGUCAUGUAAUCACCUUUUGUGAUCUUCUGACAGGCAAAGUCAAUGGGGAAGCCAGAUUCAC